GUGAGCUGUGAUUGGUCACAGUUUGUCACAUGGUACAAGGCUGUUGUGAAUAGCCUUGUACUAUGUGACUUCUGUGAUCAUUCACAGAUUUCACAAGUAAGCAAUGAUGUUAGAAGUGACAUCUUGCUUACUACUCUGCAUGUGAUCACUGAUUGGCCAAUCAGUGACACAUGAUUGGGACCUCGCACAGAAGUCCCUCAGUGCCGCCUAUCAGUGCCAGUCAGUGCCAUAUAUCAGUGUCAUGUAUCAGUGUCGCCUUUCAGUGCCCAUCAGUGAUGUCUGUCCAAUGCCCAUCAGUGCAACCUACCAGU